AUGACUACUGAACUGACAAUCUCCAAAAAGAUCUGUGUUUUUUGUGGAUCAGGAUUUGGAAACAAGCCUGCUUAUGCAGAUGAUGCAACCUUAUUAGGUCAAAAGAUCGCAGAAAAGGGCUGGGGUUUGGUUUACGGUGGUGGUUCUACUGGUGUCAUGGGCGCAGUUGCUAGAGGGUGUGCCACAAGCGGUGGUUACGUCCAUGGUAUAAUUCCAGAAGCACUUAUUGCCAGAGAAAGAACUACUGAAGAUGCCUUAAAUACCAAAUUGAAGGAAUCAAUCGACAACCAUGAUGGUUCGACUCCAAUUCCAGACCUGAAAGAGUACGGAAAGACCACCUUGGUUAAGGAUAUGCACACCAGAAAGAGAAUGAUGGGAGAAGAAAGUGAGGCAUUUGUUGCAUUACCAGGUGGAUACGGUACUUUAGAAGAGUUGAUGGAAGUGGUCACAUGGUUUCAAUUGAGUAUUCACAACAAGCCAAUCGUUAUCUAUAACCUCGAUGGCUUCUACGACAACUUCUUGAAGUUUAUCGACGAUGCGAUUUCCAGUGGUUUUGUGUCACAAAAAAACGGGGAGAUCAUCAGAGUUGCAACCACCGUUGAAGGUGUCUUGAAUGAAAUUGAAAAUUACGUGGUUCCAGAAGGUAGAUUCAACUUGAACUGGAAGGAUGCUUAG